UUACGUCUCUAACGUUUUGGAACUACUUGAGAGAAAGACAAUUUUACCCACACACUCAUUUAUAGUAGAAAACGCCGUUUCUCGAGGAAGUUUUAUAAUCCUUCUAUCAAUUGUACUAAAUUAACGUAAUUUGAAGGACAUUUGUAUUCAGUUUUUGGCUCUAGGGCAAAUAAAGCUGAAAUACUAAACAUAUAGCGAUCGUCAGACUUGACGCAUCUGAAAAGUUUGUACUAAUUUAAUUAUGAAUGAUAAUCCAUUGACUGAAGAUGAAAUCAUAGAACAGAGACGGAAAAGACGGUUGGAGAUUUUGAAAAAGCAUCAAGUUGAAAGUUCCACCAAUGCACCAUCGCGAGUUUCAACGGAAGAUUCUCUUACUUCAGAAGUGACGAAUCCUUUUUCCAAACCGGAGACAAGUCGGUCAGAAGAUGAACGACGCAGUUUGGAUGGUCAGCAACCCAAUGGCUUGAACGACUCAAGUUUAGCAAGACCAGUUUCAAAUGAGCCAUUUUCUGAAAAGACGGUUAACGAGAAUGAAGAUGAUGAGGAAGACGAUAUGUUUGCAGAUACUCCAUCUCCCUCUUUAAAAAAACGGAAGACGGAGAAAAAGCCUUCUACUGUCAAAAGAAGUCUUGCUGGGAUGCAAGACACUUGGGACGAUAUUGAAGGAUACUAUAAGGUUAUUCUUAUGGAAGAACUUGAUUCACGUUAUGUUGUUCAGUCCAACCUUGGCAAAGGUAUGUUUUCUAGCGUGGUCAAUGUAAUGGACCAAAAGACAAAAGCAUCGUUUGCUAUCAAGAUCAUAAGAAACAAUGAGGUAAUGUAUAAGGCCGGCAUGAAAGAGGUGUCCAUCCUAGAACGCCUUCAGGCUGCAGACCCCGAAGGGAGGAGACACAUUAUUCGUUAUGAUCGAUACUUUAUGCACAAAAAUCAUUUAUGUAUGGUAUUUGAAAUGCUUAGUCUGAACCUUCGAGAUAUUCUGAAAAAAUUUGGAAGAAAUGUUGGACUCAACAUAAAGGCGAUUCAAGUGUAUGCUUAUCAAAUGUUCACAGCGCUUUGCCUUUUGGAAGAAUGUAACGUAAUUCACGCUGAUAUUAAACCGGAUAAUAUGUUGGUGAAUGAAAAGAGAAAUAUCUUGAAAAUAUGUGAUCUUGGUUCUGCUUCUGAUGCUUCUGAAAACGAGAUUACACCUUAUUUGGUGAGUCGUUUCUACCGAGCCCCGGAAAUUAUUUUGGGAUAUCCCUAUUCUUGUUCAAUCGAUACUUGGAGUGUUGGAUGCUCCCUUUUUGAACUAUAUGCUGGACAGAUUCUAUUUCCCGGAAGAAGCAAUAAUCAAAUGCUUCGGCUUAUGAUGGAAUGCAAAGGAAAGUUUAGCCAUAAGAUGCUCAAACGUAGUCAAUUUACUUUUGAUAAUUUUGAUGAAGAUUUCAACUUUAUUAAUAAUGAAAUUGAUCCUGUUACUGGACAACAAACACAGAAAGUUUUGAAUUUUAGCAAGCCUGUUCGAGAUAUAAAGUCCCGAUUAAAGGAUGUGCUUGCUUCCACGAAUGAAGAAGUUGUGAUUCAAAAAGACUUCAUACUUUUGUUGGAACAAUGCUUGGAACUCAAUCCCGAGAAGAGAAUCACGCCUAAACAAGCGUUGAAGCAUCCAUUUUUUAGAAAUAAUCAACCUUUUCGGUAAAAUUGCAUCCUACCAUGGAUCCCCUAAUCCAAAACCUUUUUGUACUAUGAAUUUAGAAUGAAU